CAUCUCUGUUUUUCACAGCAACUCGAAAAUGUCUUCAACAAAACUCAUAUCGCUCAUUGUCUCCAUAACAUUCUUCCUCACUCUCCAAUGCUCAAUGGCACAAACUGUCGUAAAAGCUUCGUACUGGUUCCCGGCGAGUGAAUUUCCGGUUACCGACAUUGACUCAUCUCUCUUCACUCACCUUUUUUGUGCUUUCGCUGAUCUCAACUCUCAAACCAAUCAAGUCACUGUCUCCUCCGCAAACCAACCUAAAUUCUCAACCUUUACACAAACUGUCCAACGCAGAAACCCUUCUGUUAAAACCCUCUUGUCCAUCGGCGGUGGAAUAGCAGAUAAAACCGCGUAUGCUUCUAUGGCAAGUAACCCCACUUCUCGAAAAUCAUUCAUUGAUUCUUCGAUAAGAGUGGCUAGAUCCUAUGGAUUCCACGGUCUUGAUCUAGACUGGGAGUAUCCGAGCAGUGCGACGGAGAUGACCAACUUCGGAACGCUACUUCGAGAAUGGCGAUCAGCGGUUGUAGCAGAAGCUAGUAGCAGCGGUAAACCGCGUUUGCUUUUGGCGGCUGCGGUUUUCUACUCCAACAAUUACUAUUCGGUACUGUACCCGGUUUCAGCCGUUGCUAGCAGCUUGGAUUGGGUUAAUCUUAUGGCCUAUGAUUUUUACGGACCGGGUUGGUCCAGAGUGACCGGUCCACCAGCCGCUCUGUUUGAUCCUUCAAACGCAGGUCCAAGCGGAGACGCUGGAACAAGGUCAUGGAUUCAAGCUGGACUCCCAGCGAAGAAAGCUGUCUUGGGAUUUCCAUACUACGGGUACGCGUGGCGUCUCACAAACGCCAACAGUCAUAGCUACUACGCGCCUACCACUGGAGCGGCGAUAUCACCAGAUGGUUCGAUAGGUUACGGUCAGAUAAGGAAGUUUAUAGUAGAUAACGGAGCAACAACGGUUUAUAACUCCACAGUGGUCGGAGAUUAUUGUUAUGCCGGCACGAAUUGGAUUGGUUACGAUGAUAAUCAGAGUAUUGUGACGAAAGUUAGAUAUGCCAAGCAGAGAGGUUUGCUUGGUUACUUCUCGUGGCAUGUCGGUGCUGACGAUAAUUCUGGUCUAUCUCGUGCAGCUUCACAGGCAUGGGAUGCUACGACGGCAACCACCAGAACUAUACAGAAGGUUUAAGCUGUCCACAGUUUCGACAACAGCAAGUGAAGAAGUUUUUUUCGUAAUUAUACAGAAAAUAAACUUUAUCUGCUUAUUAUAUAUAUUGUCCAAUAAAACUAUAAGUUUAUUAAUUGCAAUGCUUCUUUUCAUUUAUAGAAUUACAAAUCAUUUUGUUUUGUUAAAAAGAAGAAUCAAACAAUUCAAAUCAAAUCCAAGGAACCCUUUCUAUUGGCGAUUGGUCACCAUUUGGGAGUCUAAUGAAUUUUCUCAAACGCACCGGAGGAUACCUUAUAUCGGGAACUACUGUAACAUUGGACUGAGAAGAGCAACAUGCUUCAUCGAGAUAUACCCAAAUCAGCAGUACAACUUCUGAAAUUGAUAGUCUCUACCAUCAAAGAAAAGCCUCUCCUCUAGCAUGCCACCUAUAACAAAUUAACAACCCUGAACUCGCCUGUUCUUUACUUCAGAUAUGGUUUGCUAAGACCGCUUGACGAGUCCACUAACCCGGUGCUUCAUCAGGGUAUCAUAGAUUCUCGUCGUCGAAGAUGAGUACGGAUUCUGCAUGGUUCGAUUCGUUCGUAUCCCCCAUGCACCUAUGGACUCUGUCGUCUAAAUGUUUUUUCUUUUUGUAUUGGGCUGUUAAGAUUAGGUUCCAGAUAUGUAUUUUUUUUCUUUCUUUAUCAUGCUUCAUAUAGAAAACCAUUUUCCAAAAACACUAUAUGCAUACACAACUAUAGAUCCAACCUAACGAAAUAUCUCUAAUUAGAUACAUAUAUCCACUCAAAUCUUAGAUCAAUACAUGGUUGACAAAGUUAUUGCUAG